GGUAUCGAAGUGAGCAAAACAAAAGAAAAAAAAAUUAAAAAAUUGAAUUUUUAACAAAAAUCGCUUAAAAAUUAAAUUUCGACAACCAAAAUUGAUUCUUAAAAAAAUUUAAAAGCCUUAAAUUCGCAAAAAAAUGUCAAACAGUUACUAUUUUGCGAUCGUUGGUCACAACGACAACCCAAUUUUCGAGAUGGAUUUCGUCGCUCAGAACAAAGAUGUGAAAAAAGAAGACCAUCGUCACUUGUCCCAAUUCAUCGCUCAUGCUGCUCUCGAUCUCGUCGACGAACACAAAUGGAAGACCAACAACAUGUACUUGAAGAGCAUCGAUAAAUUCAAUCAAUGGUUCGUCAGUGCUUUCGUUACAGCCACAAAUAUGCGCUUCAUCAUGGUUCACGAUAACCGAAAUGACGAAGGCAUCAAGAAUUUCUUCACGGAAAUGUACGAAACUUACAUCAAGUACUCGAUGAAUCCCUUUUACACGCCCAAUACACCCAUCAAGUCGCCGAAUUUCGAGAAAAAAGCCCAGAUUUACGGCAAAAAGUUCCUCACAUCUUAAGGGAAUUUGUGAUUUUUAUUCAUUUUGAACAUUCGCAAUUGGAUUAAAUCUGAAAAAAGUUAGAAUUAAAGGAAAUUAUUAAUUUA